AUGGCACUAGCCGCUAUAUUGCAAGGCAUUAGUGAGGAGACGCUACUGCAAUUAGGAGCCAAGAAGUCCACAAAGGAAGCUUGGGACGCGCUGAAAACCAUGAAUCUCGAUGUAGCCCCAGUGAAAGAAGUCAGAGCACAGGCACUCAGAUGGGAGCUUGAAGGUUUGCGCAUGGAGGAUAAAGAAUCUGUAGAUGAUUUCACUGGCAGGAUAUCCACCAUUGUGAACAAGUUGCGGGGACUAGGAGAGACCAUUGACGAGGUGUAUAUUGUCAAGAAGAUGCUCCAAAUAGUAUCUCCGAAAUACAUCCAAUUAGCCUCGACAAUCGAAGAAUUCAGUGACCUCACAACAAAGACUAUCGAAGAAGUUACUGGUUCGUUGAAAGCUCACGAAGAACAGCUAAAAGGUCAAGAUCUCAAAGGUGAUGAACAUGUCUUACUCACACGUGGAGAAUGGAAAGCACAUGGUGAAACUUCAGGCACAGAUGGAAAACGAUCAAAAGAUCAAGGGGGAUACCGAGGUUGUGGUCGUGGAAAAGGACGUGGCAGAGGCCAUGGAAAUGGCCGUGGCAGAGGUCAAAGUAAAUCUAAAGGAGGCAGAGGCUAUGACAGAGAUGGAAACCAACACCAGAAGUUUGAUAUUAACAAAGUAAGGUGCUAUAAUUGUAAUGAUUAUGGUCACUUUGCAUCUGACUGUAAAUCAAAGAAGAAAAAGGAUGAGAGAGCCCAUCUCGUAGAAUAA